AUGAAAGACCACAGGGAGAUAUCUCAUGGGAUGUAUAUGUUCUCCAAGAUUGAUCCCUCAGAGGUUAUCGCUCACUACCUUCAGGAUCUGGACGAACAAGGUAUUGACAUCUCUGGCUUCACUCUUGACCCGUUACUAGAACAGCCUCAGAACUUCACGAAGAGGAAGAGAGAGCCUUCUGAUAAGAAGAAGAAGAAGAAGAAGAAGAAGAAUACUCUGAAUACUGAAGAUUCUUCAGUAUCUCAGAAGCCACCUAUGCCUCUGAGUUCCUCUACUCCAAGUAAGUCUUCCAAUUCUGAAGCUCCUUUGAUUUCUUGGUCUAGGUGGAUGACAUAUGAGGUCUUUAAGCUCGAGGGACUCUCUAAACAAGUCAGAAAUGACUACAUCAGAGGAGCUAAGGAAAGACUGGAGGCGCGUCUGGUGCAGGAAGCUGAGGAAAAGGCUAGGAAGGAAGAUGAAGAGAAGGCCAGAAUUGAAGCUGAAGAAAGGGUCCAAUUAGAAGUUAAGGAGAAAGUUGCCGCUGAAGUUGCUACUGCAGAAGCUAAAGUUGAUGCUGAAUAG